AUGGCGCCGUCAAACCAAUUCGGGAAGCGUGUCAAGUUGACGCAAAUCCGACGGCCGUUUGUCAUUGGCAGCACGGCGCUUCCUUUCUCAGACUCAAAUCCAAGACCACCGGGGACGCCUGAUAACCACACGCACUCAUGGCAGGUUUUUGUACGGGGCAUGGAGGAUACGGAUAUCACGUAUUGGUUGCGGCGCGUGCAGUUUAAGUUACACGAGUCUAUCCCGAAUUACGUUCGAAUGGUGGAAGGAGAGCCUGGCAAGCCAUUCGUUGUCAACGAGACGGGAUGGGGAGAGUUUGACAUCACGGUGAAGCUCUACUACGUUAACGACUCCGGGGAGAAGCCUCAGACCCUGUACCACUAUCUGCGCCUCCAUCCGUACGGUAGAACCGAAGAGGAAAAGCUAGCCAUGGUGGCGACGAAUGGCGAGGUCCGGGCAUGGAGCUACGAAGAGCAAUUGUUCAACGAGCCAUACGAGGCAUUCUACCAGAUCUUGACGACUGGCGCCGUGCCCAAGGGAUGGAAACCGGCCGCGGGAGGCAAAGGAGGCAAGGGCAAGGGCAAGAACCGCGCACCGCCUCCACUCCCGGCACCGGACAGCGGCGACGUGUGGGAGCGGACGGCCAUGAUACCCAGUGCAAAUCGACCCGGCCAGCCGUUCAGUCGGGAGACGGAGGCCGCCGAGGUCAAGAAGCUUUCGGACGCGCAGCUCAAGACAGACCAGAUGGCUAAGCAGCUUCUGGCCGAGCUGAAGAAGAAGGAAGAGCAGCUGGCCAAGCUCAAGGCAGAGAACGCGGCGGCGGUGAAGCCUUCUUAGAGAGGAGGAACAUCAGAAUCACCGCCACCCGCGAAAAGCUCGCGCAAGAGGCGUUCUCGCCGGCUUUCAUGAUUCCUAUCCUCCGACCGAAGCCGAAGAGCAUGUCCGUGGAAAAAGCAAAGAAGAAGAGAGCAUCAUGCACUAUGCAGCUCUGGACCAGAACCCCGCUCCUUUUCCUCUGCACGGAAGAUUGACAGCGUGGGUGUUUCACGCAGCAUGUCGUCAGAAGCAUACUUUUUCCAGCUUGUCUCUGGGCUUGGGUUCGUUGGUUCAGCGGCUGCCAACACAUCGCCGAGCCACUUUUUUUUACGACUACGAUCUAUUUGUUUUAUUUUUAAAAGAAACACAAAUAAGUAGAUCUUGGCGGCGAACAGACUUAUGCCGCAGGCCGCAGCAAGUGGCUGCAUGAAUUUGAGAGAGGGGGGGCGACUGAGCUAAGAGCCAUGGCUCAGACGCUGUUGUCAGUCUGAAUCCCUGCCUUAUUUGGCAGAGCAUUUGACACCACAGAUACUUCUGGACAGUCAUUGGCUGUCGCUUUGAGCGCUCAGCUAAUCGUGGGCUUUAUGAGAGGUGGGAGUUCUAUGGAUCUCUUUAAACCCCUUGAUCAUCUGUCUGUGUUACGAUGAGUUGGAGAAGGAGGGGUAUGGAGGAAGGGGUCAAGGCAGUGAAAUCGAGACACCCACCAGCGUUUGCUACCACUCACUAGCUACAUUGGCAUAAAAGGUGUGUGUCUGUGUCUGAUAAAGAAGGAAAAAGAAACAGCAUCAGAGGGUUGGAUGAUGAUGACACACGCUUUCCCCACUGCUUUACUUUAUGGUAGCAGUAGCUGCAUAAACUUAGGGUAUUGCCCACUACCUACCACUUGUGUAUGAGAGAUAUAAGUGUUUGGCAUAGCUAAAAACAAAAUCUACCCCU